AUGUUCAGAUCAAUUGCCGCCCAAAGAUCCUUCUCGUCAUCUGCCUUCAGAUCGCAAUUUGCCAAGAUGCAAUUACUCGGCACCAUCGGCAAUGUCACCCCUAGAGAAACCAAGGAUGGUGUGCCAUUUCUCACCUACUCUUUGGCUGUCAACAGAUACUCGCCUCAGUCUGCUGACGAGGGUAAGACUACUGUCGCUGAUUGGUACAACAUCUCUGUUUUUGACGACAAGCAGGUCGCUUUCUUUCAGAACCACUUGAGAAGUGGUGCGCAGGUGUAUGUUGAGGCUGAUGUCAGACAGAGAACCAUUGUGGAUGAGAGUGGCGAGAACAAGCUGAUUGUUACUAGCUUGAGACAAACCAGCUAUGAUGUUGUUCGCUUCCCAAAGAAGCUCGAGGAGUCUGCGUAA